AUGCUCCGGCGCCGAGGCCGCGUCCUCAUCCAGAUGCUGUCCACCCCCUCCGCCACCUCCCCUCUCCACCGCCUCAUAUCCGCCGCCGCGGAGGAUUGCCUCGCCCGACCACAGGUACACGCUCGGAGCUGCAUCCUCUCCUCUCCUCGCCGCCUCCUCUCCGGCGCCACAGCCCCAACCACCGGGUUCGCCGUGGAUGAGUACCUCGUCUCCACCUGCGGCCUGACCCGAGCCCAGGCACUCAAGGCCUCCCCCAAGCUCGCCCACCUCAGGUCCGCCGCCAACCCCGACGCCGUGCUCGCCUUCCUCGCCGGCCGCGGCCUCUCCGGCGCCGACGUCGCCGCCCUCGUCGCCAAGGACCCCAAGUUCCUCUGCACUAAGGUGGACAAGGGCCUGUCCCCCAUCGUCGCGGGGCUCUCCGGCCUCGGCCUGUCAGAUCCCGAGAUGGCGCGCCUCCUCUCGCUCGCCCCAGACAGAUUCCGCUGCAGAUCCAUCGUCGCCAAGCUGCAGUACUACCUGCCCCUCUUCGGCGGCUCCAUGGAGAAGCUGCUCCGGGCGAUCAACUUCAACACCAACCUCCUCUGCUGCAAGCGGAGGGUGGAGCUCAACGUCGCGUUCCUGCGCGAGUGCGGGCUGGGUGACGGCGACAUUGCCAAGCUCUGCAGCUCGAUACCGAGGAUGGUCACCGCCAACCUCGAGUGCGUUCGGACAAUGGUGGCGUUGACCGAAGGCCUCGGCGUGCCCCAGGGGUCCGGGAUGUUCAGACAUGCUCUGAGUGCCGUUGCAUUCCUCGACGAGAAGAAGAUCGCGGCCAAAGUGGAUCACCUGAAGAAGACGUUCGGGUGGUCGGAUGCCGAGGUGAGCAUUGCUCUGCCUAAGGCCCCGUUUCUGCUCGCCAAGUCGAACGAAUCGCUGCAGCAUGGGUCCGAGUUCCUCAUCUCCGAGGUGGGGUUGGAACCGGCAUACAUUGCUCGUCGGCCAGUAAUGCUCUGUUACAGCCUAGAGGGCCGGAUGAGACCUCGAUACUACGUUGUGAAGUUUCUCAAGGAAAAUGGAUUGCUCAAGCGCGACCCCAGCUACUAUACUGUUUUCAAGGAGACCGAGAGGUAUUUCGUGGAGAAGUUCAUAUGCCCUCACAAGGAAGCUGCACCACAUCUUGCUGAAGAUUAUGCCGCCGCUUGUGGAGGGGAAGUGCCCGCUAGAUUCAGAUUUACUUGA